AUGUCGACAGACCUCGUUUGGCUUAUCACUGGCACCUCGUCCGGAAUCGGUAGAGACCUUGCGCUUGCAGCCCUUGCUCGGGGUGAUAAAGUUAUUGCCACGGCGAGAGGGAGAACUGUUUCCAAGCUCGAGGAUCUCAAAGCAAAGGGCGCGGAAGCUAUCGAACUCGAUGUGACUGCUCCUCUGGAUCGACUUCACGAGAUUGCAAAGGCUGCUGUGGGUAUCUAUGGAAGGAUCGACGUCUUGGUGAAUAACGCUGGAUAUAUGUUGGUUGGUGCUAUCGAGGCUAACACGCCUGAGGAGACAUUCGAGCAAUUCAAUACCAAUGUUUUUGGAGCUUUGAAUGUUGCCAGAGCCUUCCUUCCCUACAUGCGAGAGAGACGAAGUGGAAUGAUCAUGUGGAUGGGUUCGAUCGGUGGCUGGCAAUCUGUCCCCUACGGCGGCCUCUACGCCACAACGAAAUGGGCUCUCCGCGGUAUCUCAGAAACACUGAGCGACGAGGUGGCACCCUUUGGAAUCAACAGCGUCUGCAUCGACCUUGGGUACUUUAGGACUCCAUUCUUGAAGGAUACCCAACAUGUUCCUCCAGUGUCUCGGAUUGCGGACUACCAGAAGUUGACCGAGGAGCGGCACGCCGUUUUCCAAGCUUACAACGGAAAGCAGCCCGGCGAUCCACUCGCCGCUGUGCAAGUCCUGGGGGACCUUGCUCAUGGAACCGGUACUGCAGCUGGAAAGGCGUUCCCAAGAUCUUUGAAUCUCGGAUCGGAUUCGUACCAAACCGCGAAGAAACACUGCGAAGACGCCUUGGCAAGGUUGGAAGGAUGGAGAGAUAUUUCGAUAAGCACUGAUUUCGAAAAGCAUUAAGUAAAAAAUUGCAUGUAGCAACAAUUCAGAGCGGCGUAAUGGACAUACUUAGUGUACC